AUGUCAUGGCAUCAUGGUGACACAGAACUGAGAUCUGGUGCCAUGCAUUUGGCUCUCUGCAGGUUAGAGUAGAUCAAAAGACCUUUUGGGCUGGUCACCAAAGACUGUAAGGGAAUGAGUUGUCUCUUUUAGCUGUGUCCCCAGAAAGUUUUCUCUGCUGUCUCAAAUCGGCAUCCACCCUUACCGAUAAAAUAUCACACCCUCCUGCCAUACUACCUAAACGCACACCUUAAGUAAAGUGGAUUCCGGACGCUUGUUUAAACACAGCCUAUAAAGGCCCUCUAAUGCAUUCAUAUAACUGGAACAUUUAAACAACCUUUAUCUAGGUAUGAAACUGUUAUGAUAGACUGAAUUGCCGACCUUUGUACAAAUGCAAACAGUACACAUUGUUUAACUACCAUGGGAUAUCCCAGUGCCGUCACUGUGACCCAUAUAUCCCUAAGUCACAUGUGACUUAAGAGUUACCAGACAGUUUUUCAAAAUUCUGUGUUCUCCUUUCAUACAAUAUAUCAAAUAUCCCCUGAUUCACAAUACUCAAAACCUGAUUAAUUAAAGAGAGAAUGGAUAAUCUGCACAGUACAUUUGCAUUUUAUUUCUACCAUGUGUGAUCUGUACUAUGCGGAACAAAAUACUGGUACAUUUCUAGGUUUCUAAAUGGAUUAAACGCUACAUUGCUGCUAUUAGGUCACUCAUUCCAUUGUCAUUCUUUCUCUUGGACAUACAGACACCUUGACAUCUCACGUGACAGGCUGUCCAGUUAUUACAAGUUCAAACUGACUCGGAAAGUGCUAAGCCUUUUUGUGCAGAACCUGGAAGAUCUUGUCUCAUUGGAUAUCUCUGGUCACCUGAUGUUGGAAAACUGUGCAAUUUCCAAGAUGGAUGACGAACUCGGUCCUCCCAGGUAAGAUUAAGGGGGAAAGGAGAGGUCAUGGUAUUAGCAUACCUAGGGAAAACAAUGAUGUAUACUGAAAAUAGUAUUCUGCAGGUUGUAGAUAGGCCUUUAAUAUUUAGCAAUGAUAAUUUGUCACACCCGUGAACCAUAGGAAAGCUUUUUGUGUGACAGGAUAUUGAGCUUCUAGCUUUAAGCAAUGUAUACCAUUGAAAUAUGUUAGUAAAAUCCUAGCACAAUCAAAAGACACACGUGAGACAAAGUAGGGGCUGCUUUGUUUCAUGCACAUUUGGAAAAUUGCAAAACAAGAUUAAGAUAUUGAUUAAAGGGACACCAUAGUGACAAAAACAACUUUAGCUUAAUGAAGCAGUUUUGGUAUAUAGAUCAUACCCCUGCAGUAUCACUGUUCAAUUCUCUGCCAUUUAGGAGUUACAUCACUUUGUUUGUGCAGCCCUAGCUACACCUCCCAGCAUGUGACUUACAGAGCCUUCCUAAACAUUUCCUCUAAUGAGUCAUGUAAUGUUUAUACUUCCUUUAUUGCAAAUUAUGUUUACUUUAAAAAUGUCUUCUCUCCUGCUCUGUUAAUAGCCUGUUAGACUCUGCAGGAGCCUUCUGUAUGUAAUUAAAAUUCAAUUUAUAGAGCAGGAGAUAUAAACUUCAAAACUAAGUUAGAUCUGACUGAAAAUGAAACCAUUUUUUUUCCAUUCAGGCUGUGUCAGUCACAGCCUGGGAAGGUGUGGCUAGGGCUACGUAAACAGAAAAAAAAAAAACAGAUUUGAUUCCUAAAUGGCAGAGAAUUGAGCUGUGAAACUGCAGAGGCAUGGCCUAUACACACAAACUGCUUCAUUAAGCUAAAGUUGUUUCGGUGACUAUAGUGUUCCUUUAAAUACUGGCUGUCUGGUCAUGUCCAUUAAGCUGUAGCUGCUUGGAAUAAGGAUCUUCCUGAGUGAUGUAGAUACCUGUCAAAGUAAAAAAAAAAAUUGUAUUUUUUUAUUUUUAACAUGCAGCAAUAUUUGAGCCUUGAGGCAAGAUAUUUUUUUAUAUUUCUUGCGAUUUAUCAUCUGUAAUUAACUUUUGAGUUUGCAUAACCCUUGAAUAUAAUUUUUUUUUUUUUCACUUUUAGUAUUGAACCCUCUAAGAGCAGCAUCAUUCCUUUUCGAGCUUUGAAAAGACCUCUGCAAUUCCUUGGUCUCUUUGAGACCUCCCUCUGCAGUUUGACACAUAUCCCAUCCUACAAGGUAAUUACUCGCUUGAUUUCUACACUAUUAAUAUGGGACAACAUUCAACAUGCACCUAUGACGCUUUAUGGCGAUACCAAAUGAAAGCAGAAUGUUUAGAAAAUAUAGGACAGCAUUUUCAAAAGCCACUUAGAGAAACACUGACGCCUAACUUUUUGCUCUGUUUUUCAUAGGUGAGCGGGGAUAAGAAUGAGGAGCAGGUGCUAAAUGCCAUCGAGGCAUACACAGAACAUCGUCCUGAGAUAACGUCUCGUGCCAUCAACCUCCUCUUUGACAUUGCUCGUAUAGAAAGGUGCAACCAGCCACUGCGAGCUCUACAGGUAGGAGAACCUUUGCUGUAAUUUGUGCAAAAUGCACGGAAUUAAGAUGGGUGUUUUUAGCUUGCUAAAAAGGUACCAACAAAAAUAAGGAUGGAGUUUUAAUUUAAUCUCCGUAUCACAGACAGUAAAAAGUUAAUCAUCAUAUUGACAGAUCGAGAACUUCGUUUCAUUGUAAAGAUGAACAAGAUUAAUUUCUACAAUCUCGCCUAUGUUUCUCUCUCUCUCUCUCUCUCUCUCCAGCUGGUUAUUGCUGCUCUGAAGUGUCAUAAAUACGACAAAACUAUUCAGGUGACUGGAAGUGCCGCACUAUUCUACCUGACCAAUUCUGAGUAUCGAGCUGAGCAAAGCAUUCGACUCAGGCGGCAGGUCAUCCAAGUGGUGCUAAACGGCAUGGAGUCUUACCAGGAAGUGACAGUAAGCAUUUGUACAUCUCUAGUUUUCCUACUGCUUUUCAAACUACAUGCUCUGAUGACCAAAGUAAGCCAUCUUUCUCUUUAGGUGCAAAGAAACUGCUGUCUCACACUUUGUAACUUCAACAUCCCAGAAGAGCUGGAGUUCCAGUAUCAACGGGUUAAUGAGUUACUGCUAAACAUCCUCAUACCAACCCGGCAAGAUGAGUCCAUUCAACGCAUUGCUGUCCAUCUCUGCAAUGCCCUCGUCUGCCAGGUGGACAAUGAUCACAAGGAGGCUGUCGGCAAGAUGGGUUUUGUCAUGGUAAGCGUAGAUAAAGGGGAAAUUGCAUUUGAGACAGCGUCACUGACAAUGGCAACCAGUGCAAGAGCAUCGCUGUUGAGGGAUCAGGAUUCACAGCAGAUGAAAAACAGUCAACUUAAAUGGGUGAUAAAUCCACAACUGCGUGUCCCCUUUAGUGAGUGAGGUCUGCCUUAACAACAAACUACUGAGUAAAUCAAUUUUGCUUAUUCCUUCUCUUCCUUAGACUAUGCUGAAACUGAUACAGAAGAAGCUACAGGAUAAAAUGGUGCGUAUUCUAAUGUUUAAUCACAGUUUACAUUUCAUGGUAACAAUAUUUUUUCACCUACAUACAAAAUGUAGGCUCAGUCUGUAAUGUAUCUAUCCGUUUUCUUUUCUAAAUGAACUCUUUCUGGGUUGUGUUUACUGAUUCUAUUUAGAAAUCUGUGGCAAUGGAUCCUUUUGUCAGUUCACAAAUGACUGGAGUCCAUAUCUUCUCUGUCUCUUUUUCCUUCCGGUAGUGUGACCAGGUUAUGGAGUUUUCUUGGAGUGCUUUGUGGAACAUUACAGACGAGACCCCAGAUAAUUGCGAGAUGUUCCUCAACUACAGUGGCAUGAAGCUAUUUCUCGAGUGCCUAAAAGUGAGUGGUCUAUCCAAACAUAUUUUAUGGCAAUGUACCCUUUGGGUAGCAGUUUGCUAAUUGCAAAAUGUGGGUAAUACCGUCAAAAUUGGCACACAAAAAAGUGUACUCCUUAAAGACUGUAUUCAAAUUUGACGGUAAUUGCUGACCAAUUAUAAGCAAUUUUGGUCAUCUGAAAAAUAAUAUAUACUUCAAGACAUAGUUUAGCAAUUUGUCUGUGUAACACGUCAAAUUCCAGGGCUGCCAAGCCCCAACUCUGGAUUCAGUCUUUUAAACUCUUGGAUAUAUUGAGUCAAUGUUGGGACCAUACAGUCCAUGUAGUGGUUAUAGUGCUAUGCAUCAAAGAGCAGUGGAAGUCUGAAAGUUGUUUUUCAGAAAACCAGCACAUAGACUCAUAACACCAUAACCACCACAGUGAACUGUGGUUUAAGUAUGGUUAAUUUCCAUCUAGAAGAAAGAAAAUGCUUGAAUUUACUGAGCCAAAACAGCCUUUCCAGAGGGGGAAAAAACUGUAUUACUAGAAGCUUCUAUAUUGUCAGCCCAUCAUACCCACCCUGUUGAUAAUAUUGGUGCUUUAUACCUAAACAUCUGAAUUCAAAUGCAUCAUCUGUCUACUUUUCAAUUCUAGGAGUUUCCUGAGAAGCAAGAACUUCACCGCAACAUGCUGGGGUUGCUGGGAAAUGUGGCUGAAGUGCGUGAACUUCGUCCACAGCUAAUGACAUCACAAUUCAUCAGUGUGUUCAGGUAGGUUCACAGCCUUAACAGCAAACUUGCUAUUUGACGUUUUAAUGAUGCAGACGUAAUGUUUAUUGGGACUUGUCAUUUAUUGCAUCUGGUGAUUUGACAACUUUGCAUUACAAAUUGUAGGCUGAAAUAGCUAAACAAAAAAAAAAUAUUAAGGAAAAAUCGCAAACGCAACUUGGCUGAAGAUAUUGUUUUCCAACUUUUAUUUCCCUUAGGUUUUGCACAUUAUUAGUAAACAUUCUUAUUGUUUUAUUGUACUGAAGAGACCUUCUUGUGUUUCUCUUGGCAGUAACCUCUUGGAGAGUAAAGCAGAUGGCAUUGAGGUGUCUUAUAAUGCUUGUGGUGUCCUGUCACAUAUCAUGUUCGAUGGUCCCCAAGCGUGGUUCAUUGGAGAGCCAACCCGCCAGGAGGUGGAAGAACGAAUGUGGAAAGCCAUCCGGAGCUGGGACAUCAGUUCCAGAAGAAACAUUAACUACAGGUGAAAAUAGCAACAUUCUGUCUAUAUAAAAUGUGGUCCUGUUGCCAUUUUCUUUUAAUUUUUAACUUAACCGCAGCUAGUGCCAUUUAAGCACACAUCCACAUUUCUGUGCUAUGUACAAAACAAGCAAGGGAUGCUAAAAAUAUAAAUCAAGUAUGCAUUCUUUCGUAAUUUAAUUACAUGUUUAAAUAUGGAGCCCUAUAAAAACAUGACAGUAAGAAACUUGGUGGAAAGGGCACAUGUUUCAACAUCAACUCCUCCUCUAUUGUUCUUGUGUCCUUGUUUACAGGAUUGUUCUUUGUGAUUGGUCAUCAGAAUGACUCUACCUUUUACACACACACACACAAGCACGCAUCAGUGCUUGCUUUGACUUUUUGCUAUACAAGUUCAGUGAAGGUUAUUAUAUUAAAUGUGUACUGCACUCUCCAUAUAGCCGAGAGCUACACUCUUCAGUCGCUCAACAUUCUAAUAGAGGGGAGGUAGAUGUUGGCAGCUGUGUCCGUCCCAAAGAUAUCAAAACAUCUUUAUUGUCAUUAUUAUUAUUAGCAUUUGCAUAGCACCAACAUAUUCGGUAGCGCUUUACAAUUUUGAAAGGGGAGAUUUAGAAGUGAAGAUGGUCCUACUCAAAGCUUUGUCUAUGAAGAUUUAAUGGAGGUUAGAUGUCUUGCCCAGGGACACGAGCUGGUGAGGUGAUCUGACCAAUGUUUGUUUCAUUGACCAGCUUUAGUUUGUAGUUUUUCUCCCUCAAUAAAAUUAAUGGAAAUGUUUUUGAGAAAGUUAGGCCAUCACGCAGACUUUGUGUAUUCUAUAUUCUGUAUCAUCCAUAAGACACAUGAUGAUAUUUUUCAGAUUUAAUCUAUAUACUGUUUUAGAAAAAUCUUCAAAAACUGUAUAGGUUGAAAGAUGUAUACAUAUAGUAAACCUGUCCUCCAAAUUUAUGUUGAUUAUAAGCUCAUAUUCAGGUAGAUAUGGAUAAUAUAUAUAUAUAGACUCUGAUGGCAAAACAACCAUAAAAUGUAUAAAUUAAAAGAUAUACUCAUCUAGAGUUUACACACUAAACUAAAUGUAAGUUGUAUUCCUAAUUUCUUAGUGUUCACAGCACUGUCUGCAUAACCGCGAAACCCAGGGAGGUCACAUAAAAAAAAAAAUCACUGAUUAAGAUUUAAUUCUAUACAUAUGCUUGCAAAAUGUGCAGAUGAAAGCAUAGUCAUACGCAGGAGUGUUGAGCAGCUCAACAGAGGAAGUGUCAUUGCAAGCUUUUAAUAUAACAUAUUUCUAUCUGUGUCCAUACAUUUGUUGAUGCCAUUGUACAGAUAAAAUAAGAGCCCUGUAAAGCAGGUCUCUGUCAUAAAUUCAUUAAAGAGUCCCUUUGAUGGGCUAUUUUUAUUUGUCGUUUUCGCAAAUCUGGUAUGUUAGCAAUUGCUAGAAUCUAUUUUUUUUCCUGCAGAUCAUUUGAGCCCAUUCUUCGGCUCCUCCCCCAAAACGUAUCUCCAAUCAGCCAACACUGGGCAACCUGGGCACUUUAUAACCUUGUCUCUGUAUAUCGUAAGUAUCACAACCAGGAGAUGUUACAGUCACGUACUAGACUGACAAUGUCUACAUUUUGCCAUGACAGCUUUUGGGAGGCUGUUUCCAGGGAUGCUUUGCAAGCGGUACAGUACUAACCUUUUUGCAAUCCAACCUUUGUGAACAGUUUCCAUGAUGGUCUGUCAGUUUUGCUGCAGAGGACCAUUGAAACUGUAGUCCACAACAGCUGGAAUGCCAAUGUUUAACAACAUAUGAAUGGAGUGAGCAUUGAUGUUACAGAUUCCGUUGUAACAUCUCACUAUUCCUUGUUGGAAUAGGUAGGAAUUGGUCAGGCCUAUCAAAGUACAGUGUUUGAUGAGUUUCUUUAUCUUAGGCAUUUAGUGUCUCUAUAAAGAAACACAGUAGAGUGUUAAAUCACAAGUUAAUCCAGGUGCAUACACCAUAGAGAAGAAGAUCCAUAACAAAUGUCCUACCAAACAUGCCGACACAGAACUUCUGAUAAAAUGCUCCAGGGCCUGUCUUUUCUCCCCCUGUUCUGGCAAGAAAAGGUCCCACCACCUCUUUAUGGUUCCAAUGCGUGGAAGACCUUUGCUCCAUUGAGGAGCUUGUCCUUAGUGCAGAGGAACGCCAGCAGUCCUAUUUAGACCCACUGGCUGCUAUCCAUUGGUACAGUUGAAUUCCAAGCCAUGCUGACAUGAGAACCUAAUUGUACCAUCACUACUAUACAGAUAGAGCUGAAUGUGUGGGGGAGAUUUUUAUAGAAAGACACAGUUCACUAAUUUGGUGCACUAAUGGUUUAUAGGGUUGUUGGUUAUAUAUAGCGACAAUUUGGUAGGAGUAUGUUUUACACAAGUAACUACAUGUAACCUGCCUUUGUAUCUAACCUGGAAACUCAAUAAACAUUGAUUUACACAAUAAAAAUGCUCCAGGGCCAGAAACGACAUAGACCUACUAUUUACAAUCUGUGAGUGUGCUUAUUACAUUUCUAGUUAUGUGUUACAUUACUGCCACUGUAUAGUUUUCAACAUGGAGCAAUAAAGUCUUGUCAUUUUUAAACUGGUAAUCUGCUUUGGUGGUAUUUCCAGUUUCUGGCACUGGAGCAUUUUCUUGUAUUUUGUAAAAAGAAAAAAAUAUAUAGUAAUUUUGCCUAAAGAAACAGGAUCCGUCUUACUAACGUGAUGUGUCUUUACUGUACUACAGCAGACAAAUACUGUCCAUUGCUGAUCAAGGAAGGAGGGCUCCCUCUGCUGGUAGAUCUUGUCAACAUGCCUUCAUCCCACCAAGAAACAAAGGAUAUGGCCAGGUACUGUAGCUGGCUGGAAAAUGAAAUGUAAAAUGUAGUUGCAGACAGCUGGUUUUCAAUAUAGUCAGGAUAGUUCUUUAAAUGUAGCAACUGACACACUGGAAAAAAAGACUUGAUCCAUGACCAAUCAGACAUUGGCUGUUGUCUCUGUACACAUGAACUCUGCAUGUUGUGGCCUAGUUCCGGGUGCGCUCAUAGGCUGGUAAGUGUGGCGUCAUUAAAGUGUAUUUGAGGCACUGAUUGAAGGCAAAGCAGUGUGGUAGUGCUGGUCACAGUGGGUUAGUUUGUUACUGGAGAUGACUGCAAAUAGAGGACUUUAUAAAGGACUGGGACACUUUAUUUGUAUAAGUGUCACUCCCAUAGGGUUCCAUAGGGCUUGUGGAAAUGGAAUAUUGACUCACUGUGACUUUUAAAUGUACAAGAUUAAAAAAAGCAAUGCAAAUACCAGUGAUGAUUAUAACCUUUUUUAUUUUUUUAAAGUUAUUUUCUUUUCUUCUAAAACUAAUCCAAAACCUGCAACUCUGGGGGUAUUAUUAGAUUACGGACAGCUAGUAGCUAUUGUAGAGAACUUGUCACCAAAAGUUACUUCCCAACAUUACCAUGUAUUUUUACACUAGAUGUGUAUAUGUACCAAGAUAUCCCGCAGUGCUGUACAAUAGGUAAAAAGGACAAACAGUUAUGGUGAUUCUAACAGUACAUUAUUGUCAUUUAUAUAGCGCCAACAGACUCCGUAGCGCUUUACAAUAUACAAUAUAUAGGGCAUUUGGUUAUCUAGUAACAUACGCCUUUUUCUCUCCCUUUAAUUUAGGAAGUAAUUAAUUCCAUUUUCUGUUUGUUUUUUUCAGGAAAGUCCUUGAACAUUGCAGUAAUUAUAAUGAAGAAAGUAUGGACACAGCACUAUAG